UCGACUUACCCUACGACAACCAGUAACAGUGUUUGUUUUAUUGCUUUUCAUUGAUUUCAUAUUCAAUACAUUAAUGUUGUAUUAUGAUUAUGUUUACAUUAUGGUCGAUGUUGAUUUUGGUGUAAAAAAUAUGGAUACAAUGUAUGUUUGGCACGAACAACACCAUGAUAAUCAUCAUGAUGGACAUAACAAACAACAAUCAUCAUCUGUCGAUAAUGAUGAUGUAAAAACAUUAGAAACAAAUUCAACAUCGAUACGUAAUCGUCGACAAACUACAUCCACCGGUAGAGGUGAUAACGGAAAUAGUGGAACCAAAAAUAAAGAACAAGAUUCGAUUAGUUUUGUUGAAGAUAGCGAUAGUAAGAUUUAUUCAUUUCAAUAUGAUGUCAAUUUGGCUGUCUACAUUAUAAUCUAUGCAUCACAAGUGAAUGGUUUUUUUGCUUAUAUCUGGGCACAUCAUUCAUGGCUAACUUUACAUUUGACCAUUGUUGCCAUACAGAUUAUAUUCUUAUUGUUUCUUUCAAUUGUUAAUGUUCGAUUGAUUAUUGUUCUAUUAUUUCGUAUGAUGUUAUUUUUUAUGUCAUUAUUUCGAUCAUUAGAGAUUUCAAAUCAUCAAAUGAUGCGUUUACAACGUCAAGGAUUUGAAAUCCGAAAAGAAUUACCACGUGUCAAAAUAUUUACACCAAAUUCUAUGAAAUAUCAAUCAAAAAUGUCGCAUCGAACAUCAAAUUCGAUUCAGUCGAAUAUUAAUAAUAAAGAUUCGGUUAGUAAAUCAGAACAGCAUAAAACAUCGGUUACCGUAUCGGAUCAGGAUGGUCAACAAGUUGGCUACAUAACUUUAUCAGCAAUCGAAAUGCAACGUCAUACAUCAUCCACUGGUUCCGAUUCAACAAUACAGCCAAAACUUUUUCCAAUAAAACGAAGUUAUCAACUUCAGCCAUCAAUAUUUUUGUAAAUUU